AUGUACUCCAGUAACCCGGAGAAGGAUUGGAGGCUGUCGCAGGGGAUGGCAGCUGGGGACUGCGUGGAUCCUGCCGUUGUGGAGUGGGGAAGCGGGAGACUUUUGAUGAUGACUGCGUGUGAGGAGGGUCACCGCAAGGUGUACGAGUCGAGCAAUAUGGGGAAGACGUGGGCGGAGGCGCUUGGGACACUCUCGCGCGUGUGGGGCAACGCACUUGAGCGUGACGGAUCUGGCGGCCAAAGUGGCUUCAUCACCGCGACGAUUGAAGAAAGGGACGUGAUGCUCCUCACCCUGCCGGUGACUUUGAAAGACGACGUAACCGAUCAACUCCAUCUUUGGCUCACUGACGCCGCCCACAUUAUGGAUGUUGGGCCGAUACCCAACGCAAAUGAGCAUGCGGCCGGCAGUGCCCUACUGUUUAGGGGCAAGGAGGAGUUGAUCUCCUUGCAGGAGCUGAGUUCAGUGGGAGUGAGUGGUGGUGUGGGGGUGUCUGAGGGCCUUCACCUUGCGCACCUGACGGAGCAGCUGGAACAUAUAAAGAAAGUGGUGAAAACAUGGAAGGAAGUGGAUGAACGUGUCAAGCAGUUGUGCCUUCCAACGGAGGCUGGUGCAGCUGCCUCUCCUGGCGCGGGCUGCAGCAAAGCGGUGCCCACUGAAGGGCUGGCUGGGUAUUUGGCCGGCUCUUUUGCAGAGGGCCAAUGGAAGGACGAGUACCUCGGGGUGAACGCCACUGUAAUGAGUGGAGAACUGGCAAGCCCGGAUUGGACUGGCAAUGGGGGCGUGAUUUUCAAAGGGCGUGGUUCGUGGGCGGAAUGGCCGGUGAGCAAACAGGGGCAGAAUCAGCGGUACCACUUUGCGAACUACAACUUCACUCUUAUGGCGACGGUGACGAUCCACGCGGUGCCGGAGGCAACAAGCAGCCCAAUUCCUCUGUUGGGUGUGAGGAUAAAUGACAGCACUGUGCUUUUGGGUCUGUCGUAUACGAAGGACAGGCAGUGGAGUGUGCUUUGCAAGGGCGGAAAUGGAGGCGAUCGCACCAGCACGUGGGAGCCAAAUAAAAAAUACCACGUGGCGAUCGUGCGGGAGGGCGACAGCCAGGGAUCCGUGUACGUUAACGGCCAGCGUGUGGGGAGUUCACAAGCGGCACUGCAGUGCGAAACGAAGCCGUGCACGAUCUCAAACACUUCUACAUUGGCGGGGACGGCGGCGCCACAGAAGGGACAGCGAGCGAUGUGA